UGUAAUACAGUACAGUACAUUCAGUACUUCAAGUUUACUGUGCUGAAACUGAAUCCAUCACUCUUCUCUCAACAACUCCUGCCUGGGGUAUGGAGUGGAAUCGAGUUGGUGAUGUGUUAACACUGCCUAGAAAGAUGGCUUCCUCUGAACCAGCGGAGCAGCGGCCACAGCCUGGCUCCACUCAAAUGAAGGAAGAUGCCCCACCAAGAGACACACUGAUUGCCACAGCGGUGAAGUUUCUGCAAAACCCCAAAGUCCGUCAGAGUCCCCUGGACACAAGAAAAGCCUUCCUCAGCAAGAAAGGUUUGACUGAUGAAGAGGUUGAGCUGGCUAUUCAGCAUGCAGGCGUUUCCAUCGAGGAGCCCCAUUCCCUGAGUCCUUCAGGCCAGCAGCAUCUGCUCCAUCCACCUCACCUGGCCCCUGUGCAGUACAGUCCUUCAGGCUCCAGAUGGCGAGAUUAUGGCGCUCUAGCGAUUAUAAUGGCUGGAAUGGCCUUUGGUUUCCAGCAGCUUUACCGGAAAUACAUCCUUCCUCUCAUUAUGGGCAGCAGGGAGGAUAAGAAGCAUCUGCAGAGGAUCGAGAGCAACAUUUCGGAGAUGAGUGGCACCCUGACACAGACAGUGACGCAGUUGCAGACGACUCUGGCCUCGGUUCAGGAGCUUCUGGUUCAGCAGCAGCAGAGAAUACAGGAGCUGUCACAGGAGCUGGCUACUUCAGAGCAGACGUCUUCCGCGGCAAAUCGAAUGCUGGAGUCCCAGAGUAUAAACGAGCUGAAAGCUGAGAUUGUCUCUUUGAAAGGACUACUCCUAAGCAGACAGUUUCCUUCAUCCCCUUCAGCUCCUAAGAUCCCCUCCUGGCAGAUUCCCGUCAAGCCAGCCACACUGACCAGCUCGCCUUCACUCAACCAUAACAGCAGCAGCGACAUCUCUCCCGUCAGCAACGAAUCCGCUUCCUCCUCCCCCAUCAAGGAGAACCACAGCCCUGAGAGGUUGAAGGGGAGCGUCCUGGGUGUGGACAGCGACGUGGGUGUGGACACGGGCCUGGAUCUCAAGGACCAGGUGAGGAUGGAGGUGCAGGGGGAGGAGGAGAAGAAGGAGGAGGAGGAGGAAGAAGAAGAGGACGACGAUGUGAGCCACAUCGAUGAGGAUUGUCUCUCUGUGCAGACGGAAGACCGCCGGGGGGGAGACGGACAGAUAAACGAACAGGUGGACAAACUUAGGCGCCCGGAAGGAGCCAGCAAUGAGAACGAGGUUGACUAGCUUAUACGCACAAAUUUUUAGAUUGAUUUUUUUUUCUCCUUCCUUCGUUUUUAUUCCUUUCCUCCACUGAUAUACCCAUGAUUAUAUUAAUUUACUGUAUAAUCUAAUACGUCGAAAUCUUGAUUGUCCAAAACAAGUGUGGCAACAGAACGUAGAAUUGUGGUGCCCUAUACUUCUGUGUGGUGUAUGUUACAUUCAUUCGCAGUGUUGGUGCAACAAUAGUGCAUGGCUGGAACAGUAAGUAGUGUGUGGACUUUCUAAACUCGCAGGAUUACCUGCUCAAACCAAUCAGAGUUCUGUCAACUAUUGAUGUCUUUAUUUUGUUUCCCCACUGUGAUAGCAAUCGGGGACAGUGUGAGAAACUCAUUAGACAAUACCUGCAACAGCUAGAUUUUCGCUGUUCACCUGGCGGCUGCUUUUUUCAGUAUAAUAAGUGUGUUAGAGUAGCACUGAGUUCUGAAGACUGUUUGAUUUUCUUCUAAUGGGCUACGAUCUGCAAUUCUGCACACCAAAGACUUAUCAUGUUCACCCAUUGCACUUUCGUGUUUUCAUGUAUCUUUUAGGGAUGUCGCCUUUCUGAAUUAGCCAUGUGGGAAAAGAAUAAAUAAGGGGAGUGCAGGUUUAGCUAGUGCACAGACAGCUUUGGCUCAGUGCUAGUUCCCAUCUGAUCCUGUCCCUCUCAACCUGAUUUGCUAGUUUGUAGGCAGCAGUGGCAUACAGUACUGUCUGUGAGAAUUACGAGAAUUUUUCAUAAACUGAAACGUUUUUCAUGGGUCUGAAGCUGAAACCUUGUGGCUACCCAUGUCCAAGCAAUAGGGGGCGCUCUGGAGCAAUACAAGUAUUGUUUGCAUAUAAAGCAGUGGCUGGAGGGGAAAAAAAGAAACCUAACCAACUGAAUAUUGUAUGAAUACUUGAACUAAUGAAAUUACUCAUUUAUUCAGUUUGACCUCAAGAGGUUUGGUCUAACAAGUAUCCGUUCCUCUAUUGUGUACUUUUAAAGACCCCCCCGCCCCCCCUCCCGCCCAAAAAAAACAAAAACAAAAGUACUUUCUGGUAAAACUGGAGUUUCACUAAAUAAUUUGCUUUGAAUUUCAGCACCAGGGCUUCAGCCCUGGAAGGCAAAUCGCAUUUGUUUGUAAAAGCUCACCUGUGAAAUGCUUUGGGAAGCACGUCUCGUUUUUAUGCUCAGUCGACCCAUUGAGCAAUUUAGAAACAUGACACUUUCUUUUAAUGCGUGAAGGUUGAUCAGUAAUACUGUGAAAAGGGGGGAGGGGAAAGACGACUCGUUUGAAUAUAUCCCAGAAAUGAACAAAGUCGCUCAACCAGUAGUUCAGUGUACCAUGUGUGUAGCUCACCUUUUCUCUCCUGACCCGAUAAAACACACUAUGACAGGAAAUUGCAGUUUAUGAACAGUUCACGUAGUGUUUGUCUUUUAUUUUAAUCCCUGUUAUAUAGGUCAGUUUAACAAGGGUGUUAUUACAAUGCACUGCUUCCUAAGGCAAGAUGUUUGUUUUUAGAAGAUGAACUUCGAACUUUAUGAACUACUUUUCCAGACUUAUAUUAUUCGAUACCUAUUAGAUUGUGAGGAGUUCCCCUGAACUACAAACCAAAGCCUAUAGAUUACCCCCAAUUCCUAUACAGAGAUACUUUGUUGUAAUGUUCCGUAUAUAACACGCACACCUUUUCACAGCAUUUAUUAUUCUGUUGUGUGUUAUACACUAAUGUGUGGUUCAUACAGAUUACAGUAAGAACACAUUUAUAGUAUUCAAUAACAUACCUUUCAAACAUGCAUUUUAUAAAAAUAAAUUAUUAAGUGAAUGCUACAAAAAAUGUGUGGUGCACAUUAUAUUCAUUAUAUACAGGUGUGUGUUGUAAAAAAUAUAUUACGGUAUUUUAAAGUCUGAUUCUUGCCACCAUGGUCAUAUUAGUCACUACUAAUGCAAACAAUUGCCUACUGUCGUCUUUGCAGUCACCGGUCCUAACCUCCAUCUCUGAGAUCAAUUGUUAGGCCUAAAAACGUCUGAUAUUGCUGCUUUAUUUCUACGGUUUCCACGGUGACCCUGGUGUUUGAGCCAAUCACAUCUGUUGUUAUAUCACCAUCAGUCUCCAUUUGAAUGGCGAGACAGGGAAUGGGGUGACAAAAUGAGCUAUUUCGUGAUUCUUAUUGGCUUCAACACCCAGUAUCUGAAUAUGAAGUCCUGUCUUUUUUUUUUUUUUUUAAAUAACUUAAAAGUAAAAACUUGAUGCCAGGGUGUUGAAUAAUGGAAGUGGCUGAUCAGUAUGUCAAAUGAAGACCUGCUUGGGUUUACUUCAUUGCAAGUAGAGUAAAUAAGGAGUAGGGGAAACCUUGUCUCAGUUCUUCUAGUGCCCUUGUCAGGAGAAGGCCAGUUUUGUUGUCUGACCUUCGGAAAACAACUGUUGUAGCUUCACAGGGAGUGAGAGGUUUCAGUGCAGCAAGCCGACCUGUAUCCUCUGUCCAAGCCAUUUCAAAUUUAAGCUAAAUUUGUUACCUGUUAAAAGCACUGCAUGUUGUGGAUAUUAAAUGUACAAUUUCUGCGUCUUACUGUACGGUUCAUUACUGAAAACAAAUACUGUCAGCUGGUAUUGUGACUCUGUAUAAACUUCUGAUAUAUAUAAAAAAAAAUGUAUAUAAUUGUAAUAAAUCUGGUUUAACACAAUAUAUUAAA